AAUAACUGGCGGGAAACCAGUUCUAGUUGGUUGCUUGUGAAAUCCGGUGCGAAAAUAUUUAGUUAUUUCUGUCAGUAAAAAAUAAAAAUGGAUCCUUCAGAAGUGGAAUUCCUCGCUGAGAAGGAAAUGGUGAAGAUUAUCCCAAACUUUAGCCUCGAUAAAAUUUAUUUAAUCGGGGGAGACCUGGGACCGUUUAACCCGGGACUGAUGGUGGAGGUGCCCGUGUGGCUGGCACUCAAUCUGAAACAGAGACAGAAAUGCAGAAUCGUUCCUCCGGAGUGGAUGGACGCCGAUAAACUGGAGGAGAUCCGAGAGCAGGAGAGAAGAGAGGAAGCCUUCACCCCGAUCCCCAGCCCUUAUUACAUGGAACUGACCAAGUUACUACUAAACCAUGCUGCGGAUAACAUCCCGAGAGCAGACGAAAUCCGGACUCUGGUCAAAGACAUCUGGGACACUCGCAUCGCAAAACUGCGUCUGUCCGCCGACAGCUUCAUCAGCCAACAGGAGGCUCACGCCAGGCUGGAUAACCUGACUCUGAUGGAGAUCAACACCACACGCACGUUUCUGUUAGAUUCUCUGAACUACAUGUACAAACUGCGCUCCAACCUGCAGCCCGGCUCAGGCCCGGGGAAAUCGCAGGAUUAUUAAUCCGCACCUUCAGGACGUCCACACGGCGCGUCGGUGCCGCAAGGUGACGUUUCCGGCUGCAAAUCGUAGCAGAGUUCAAAAGUAUUUAUUACGGCCGUUCCUCCACGUCGACUUCUUGGCGGACACUUCGGCAGACGAGCGACUGUGGAAAGGCCUGCGGAGGUCACAUGACUGUCUCACCAAGCUGUAGGAGACGUGCGUUUUACUGUGUGUCUAUGAGGGAAAUGUAUUCUUACCCCACGUUCUCACUGGCGUGACACAAAGGUUCGUUUUUUGCGCGUGUACGCGACAUGGAGACACGAUUUCAUCAACAAGCGACAUUUGAGUUCAGAUUUUCUUGAUUCUGUGCGAAUUAGCUAUGAGGCUGUACAGAGGUACACGAAUUUACCUGUAACUAGUACGGUUUAGCUAGUACCGUUAGAUUGUUUUGCCAAUCUGCCAAGAAGCUAGUGCGAAGCUGAACACGUAACGUAGUUCAAACAUCCGUUUUGUAGUUGUUCGUUCUCGGGUCACAUUAAUACGUACUAGCUACAUACGCUCACUCGAGUCAGCAGCGAUCUCUGCUGCUUCCUUCCGAGCUUUUUCUUCGUAACUUUUAACGAGAAGUCGUAUCUGACAGGGUUAGGAUGAAACCACGGCUGUUUUUUUUAUGCGUCAAAGAAGAAACGGGAACUAAUCGCAGGUUAAGAAACCGAAGAGGAUCGAUCCGAGGAUUCGUUCGAGCCGAUCGUUUGGAUUGGUCGCGUCAUACGUGAUUUGCGUAGAAUCGUGUAGAGAAAAGCUCAAAUUAAAACAUCGGUUGUCGCUGAAAUCGCCGCUCGCAUGUACAAAACACUCGCGUGGAAAAUCAACUACACCUGUCACUGGCCAGUGUGAAUGUAGUUCAUGCGCAUUCGCCCCCUAUUGGACAUUUUGUGAACUGCAGUUCUGAACCCACUGCAGUUUAUGGUGAAAUAUGAAAUGUGAAUCUUAUUGUUUAUAAAGAAAAAAAAGUGUGUGUGUGUGUGUGUGUGUGGGGGGGGGGGAUUAAAACUGUACAUAUGAUGUCAACACAAGCCCCGAGUCAAAGUUUAAUUCUGAAGCAUUUUAUUUUUUUGUUUGAAAUUACAGCAAUAUAUUCAUAAAUACCUAAUUACUACAUUCAACAAAGAAUAUAUUACAUUACAAUGAAUUCAAACAAGUACAUUUUUUUUCCUUAAAAACAUGAUUUCACAGCAUCUAGACAUCCUCCAUUGGGUUGGGCGGGAGGGGGUGGGGCUUCUGCAUGUGCGUGCGCUUAGUUGGGCGAGAGACACUGAGAGAUAGGGAGGGAGAGAGAGAGAGGGCGUGUCCCUGCUCCUGGACAGGCAGUGGUAGUGCUCGCUCAAGCACACAAACAAACAAACACACAUUGCACAUGAUGGAUGCUCUUUAGGGCCAGCCUCGGGUCUGUAAACAUGGAACCGCCUCCAGAAGCGGUUCAUCCUGUGAGCCUGAGCGCCGAUAACAUGAACCUGCGAUGAGCUGAACGACGCGAUUAUAAACUUUUUUUGUAAAACGUAACGCUGUAUUUUGUUAAACGCGGCUGCUAAUUGGCUCUGGUGUACCGCGGACAGGAGGAGAACGUAAACGCAGACGCUGAGGAACGCUGACGCAUCGGUCGGAGAUUAGGAGAUAAAACAGGCUAGCGUUGGGUCGAUGAUACUGUACCUAAAAGCGUAAACGCAGAUCCGUAAAAAAGUCCGAGUAACAUUUUAUCCGUAUAUAGAGAUGGGCGGGGCUACGUCUGUGAUGUCACUAAUGAAGACCUAGCUUUGCACCAAAUCACGUUCGAUAUGCGAGUUAUUAAAGGAUUAAGAUGUAAUGUUCGCUAUAUUUUUAUAUUAAUGAUCUAGCCGGCUAGCUAUUAGGGAUGGCAUUAGGGGUGUGUCUUAUUUGCAUAUCAUGCAUAUUCAUAGAUCUUGGCGUUAUUAAUGCGGGAUAAAGGUGGAGAGGUGUUCCUUGGUCAUUUUUGUGAGG